CAGUUAGUCAAUCCGACCUGAAGAGAAGGCGAGUCCACGGCUAAAAAUAUAAUAGCUAACACAAGAUGGCCGGUUUGCCUCGUAGGAUUAUAAAGGAGACGCAGCGGUUGAUGGCAGAGCCGGUUCCCGGGAUCACGGCCACGCCAGAUGAAGGGAACGCACGCUACUUCCAUGUGAUCAUCGCAGGGCCUCAAGACUCUCCUUUUGAAGGAGGCACAUUUAAACUUGAACUAUUUCUUCCAGAAGAGUAUCCCAUGGCAGCUCCCAAAGUGCGAUUCAUGACCAAAAUCUACCACCCCAAUGUUGACAAACUGGGAAGAAUAUGUUUAGACAUUUUGAAAGAUAAGUGGUCUCCAGCCCUGCAGAUCCGCACAGUGUUGCUAUCUAUCCAGGCGUUAUUAAGUGCUCCCAAUCCAGAUGACCCCCUGGCAAACGACGUUGCAGAGCAGUGGAAGAAAAACGAAAGCAAUGCCAUUGAGACAGCCCGAUCAUGGACCAGGCUCUACGCAGGCAACACUGAAGUAUAGAAGAAGAGAGACGAGGCGUCUGAAUGUGAUCCACAAAAUGUACUCCUAUUCUGUCAACAACAUUCAAAUUUAAACGGACACAAAAAAAAGCAGAAAAAAAAAGAUAUUAAGUCCAAAUCUAUUUGAACGAAACGACGAGAUUUACUGCUGCAGACCUCUGGGUGACUUAUUUCCUCUCUAAGGCGCGUUAAGUGUGUGUUAGCCUCCCCCCCCCCCCCCCCCCCUGUGUUGCUAUUUAAAUGCAUGGACAGAGAACGACGCCCUCCCCACUACAGUCUUAAAAAUAACUUGCGAUAUGCUGUCCUGGACAAGGCACAUACUGGUACGUUUGCAAACUAUACAUGCAUUAAAGCUGUUCUUCUUUUAACACAUGCAUUAUUUGUCCACACAUCUGUAUGUCUUUUGUGAGCGAUGACAUGUUGUGUUGUUUCUACGCUUAGUGUGCGAUGUCUCUUCACUAGCAGACGGGAAAUCUGAACACGAAUGAUGAAUGUUGUCUUUACUCUUUUUGGGGGAAAUAGCCAAUGAGAAGGUUAGUUUGAUUUCCACUCCUGUGCACACCAACACGUCACUAAAUAUGUAGUUUGUAGCUUAGCAUCGACUCACUUUGUUCCCGAGCACAGAUGUAGAACUGAAUAUUUGUAUCGCACAGUAUCUUAUUUCUAAAAUUGGACGAGUACAUUUCAAGGUUUCCACCCAGGAAGUACCGCCUCCUUUAAUCCGCCUUUAACAUGCAGUGCCAAUCGGCUGCAAAAUUAUUCAUCCACAGACAACCGAAGGAGAUUCAUUCCAGCAUUUUAAAUGUAAAUUAGCAGACGGUUGCUGCAUACCUGCCAAAUCUACAGGUAGAGGAUCCUCAGUACUUAACGGCUAAAACAUGUCGUCCAUGCUCGAUGUCAGAGUAACCCCAGCAGAUGUCAUUUUGUCAUUUCUUUUCAUUAUUAACAUCGGUUGAUAGACGGCAGAUCGUGUGAUUAGAUGGCCAAUUGUAACAAGGAAUUUUUAUGAUUUAUCUAAAAAUCUGAUCAUGUUCAAAAUGAGGUCAAGGAGUCUUGUGUUCGUGUGACGUUUUUUCAGUAAAAGUUAGGACGUUUGGGGAGGGUGAGCAGAUUAUUUCCACAUGCUUAAAGAAAGCCAUUCCCAACACAUUCAGACAAGUAGACAAUAGUUUGUUAAAGGGUCCCUAUGUUAGCAUGUUAGCAGCAGACUACGAGGGUGUGUUGUAAAUGUCUCUUCUUUUUUUAAGGGUGUAGGAUGCUGAGUUGUUUUUUCUUUUUAACUGUCUGUCCAUGCUAUCUAUGUUGCCUCUUCUCUAUUUUAUUUUCAGUGUUCCUUCAUUAAAAAGGCAAGUACCAUAACCCAACAUCCGGACGGUUGGUGGUAAAGUUCUUGUUAGUGUUAGAGAGGGCUGAGGAACGUUUCUUUUUUGUGAAGGCUUUGUCGUCGGGUAAAAAGUUGUCAAUCACCGUGAUUUCUUCUGAGUUUGUCUCCCCUGCUUCUGCUCUUCCCAUGAUUCUGAUCUGUGAUGAUUUUGCAAGUGCAUUGAAUUGAUUGGGUCAUUGUGGUGGCGAAAUAAAAAUAAUUCAAGAUCAAA